AUGUACGGCGUUCGGCGAAUACUUGCGCGCAUAUUAUGGCUCAUAAUGGGACUAGCUGGGAUAGCAGAGAAGUGUGGCUUGAUAAUCCACCUUUGUUUCUUGUCGAUCAGCUUCGGCUGGAUAAUGUAA